UAUUUUAAAAUGAAUUAACAUCAAGUAAUAUUUUCAUACCAUUACCUAAACUAUACUUAAUUGUGGCUUUGAAAACGUAUGAGAUAAAUUACCACAUUUUACCACAUGGAGUUCUGUGUAAAGUAAUUCGAAUUUCUGUUCAGCAAAAAUUACAGAAAUACGUUGAUUUACAAACUUAUUUCAACAGUAUCCAUAAUUUGUGUGUUAUUAAUGGAAUGGUAGUUAAUGUGUGCCAUUAUUGCGGUGCUUACGGUGUUUGACAGUCGAGUCACAACUGGAUUCUGUGCAGAUUUGGAGUGUGUCGUAAACAUCGUAAAGAUGUCGCAGUACAUCAGGAUCUGUGUUUGGCUUCAGCAUUGUAGAGAAUCACAAAAGGGGGACCGUUUGGCUACAAAAUGGGUCACAACAGUCACACCAUCACAAAUGAGAGCCCUUUUGAACGAUAUAGAGAGCAUGGAGAGGUUCCAGUUUGCCCUUGUGGAGAACUGAUGUCACCGUCAGGUGAACCAGUUGUAAAUGUCAUAAGCAGCAGUGAUGCUGGAGCAGAGGAAUGUCCCAUUUGUUUCAACACGUUUACUACACAGGAAGUGGGGAUACCAGACUGCUGCAAGCACACUUUCUGCUGUACCUGCCUCGAAGAGUGGUCAGAGAGGGCGAACACAUGCCCCAUAGAUAAGAAGAUAAUUUUUUCAAUCCAUGCGCGAUGCUGUCUGGAAGGGACAGACUGUGGCACAAUACUUGUGAAGCCACCAGGCCAACAAAAUGGAGAUGAAGAUGAGUUUGAAACGUUAUGUGAAGUGUGUGGCAGGAGUGAUCAUCCAGAGCGCAUGCUUCUUUGUGAUGAAUGUUGUUGUGGCUACCAUCUGGAGUGUCUGGAUCAGUCUCUGCAUGCUGCGCUCUGGGAACAUUGGCUGUGCCCCAAUUGCACAUUGUCUUUAACUUAAUGCACCCGGCAGAAGAGGCCACGUUUUGCACGCUGAGAAGACCACCUCGAAAGUUGCUACUGGUGGUGGCCCUACAUCACCUUAUAUGAAGUGAAUGGCACUGAGGCAGGUCUGACUAUAUGAAGAGGCAACAGCUGCAGUGAUGCAGUGAUGAGUGUUUGUGAAAAUGUAUCUACUCCUGGACAUAAUAUUGAGGCACCAGUGGGUCCUGGUCACAGUGGAAGUGGCAUUGCCACCCCUCCCCACCCUCUGGUGGUAAUUUUCAGAGUUUCUGAGAUAACAUAUACAGUAGCAGUCCCUCUUAAUGUAGUUGUCAUAGUAGUUAUGUGUAUUUAGACUUCCACCACUUAAGUUUUGGCUUUCAUGGAUGGAGGAUGUGGUGGUUAUGCAAACUGUUUGAAUAUCUUCAGUAGAGAGUCAGUUCAUAUAUAAUGAGUGUAAAUAGUGUACAAAGUUAAGUAUAUAGAUAUUAAAAUAAUUUGAUUACAUUUAAGAUUGAUGUUUUAUUGAUUCUUAUACCUUCUAGAAAAAAAAAAAAAGUUGUGGGAAGAAUUAAUCACCUACUGUCCUUUCAUUACACGGUUGCAUAGUUGGUUGAGGCACUGCUACAAGCUGGAAGGUUGCAGGUUUGA